CCAGAGCCCAGUGGGACAGCAAACAGGACAGGAAGCUCCUGAAACCAUUGAUGGAGAAGCGGCGCCGGGACCGUAUGAACCGUAGUCUGGAGCGACUCCGGAUCCUCCUCUUGGAAGCCACCCAGGACGAGAGACUUAAAAACCCCAAAGUUGAAAAGGCAGAAAUUUUACAAAAAACAGUUCACUUUCUGAGGACCCAGCCUCCAGCAGGUAUCCCCUUCGGCGCGCCUGCCCACUCCUCUUCUCUCGGCCUUAGAGCUGGGGGCCGUUGGCCAACCCAAGUUGGGCUCGGACAAGAUACGACUACGAGCCGGUGAGACAAGAGGAGAGCCUUGUGCAGAGGUACCACAGCGGCUACCGGGAAUGCCUGAGCCAGGCCACACACUUCCUCCGCUCCAGCCCAGGCAUCUGCGUGGGCAAGAAGGCCUACCUCAUGGAGCGCAUCUGCCACUGCAUGGAAAAAAUCACAGCCCAGCCCCGGUGGGAGCUGCCCACCGGGGGCCCCUUCACCAACCCGGCCUACGGCAGGACAGCAGCCCUGCCCCGGCGCUACGCCCGCGACGCCUUGGCCAGCUGCAGCCUGCC